CCGGCCCCGCCCGCCCCUCCCGGUACCGUGCUCCACCAUGAUGAAGUUUCGGUUCCGGCGGCAGGGUGCCGACCCGCACCGGGACCGCAUCCGGCACGACCUGUUCGCCUUCAGUAAGACAGUGGAGCACGGCUUCCCCAGCCAGCCCAGCGCCCUGGCCUACGACCCGGUCCUGCGUGUGAUGGCCAUCGGCACCAAGGCUGGGGCUGUGAAGCUAUACGGCACGCCAGGCGUGGAGCUGACGGGCUUGCACAAGGAGACGGCCACCGUCACCCAGCUGCACUUCCUCCCUGGCCAGGGAUGGCUCCUGUCCCUGCUGGAUGACAACACGCUGCACCUCUGGGAGGUGUGCCAGAAGGAUGGAUGCUCCCACCUGGAAGAGACCCGCAGCUUCGGCCUCCCGGGGCGCCCAGGGUGCUCUCCUGGCAUCACCCGGGUGACUGUGGUCCUGCCCACGUCCUCCAGUGCAGUGGCCUGCCUGGGUACCGAGGGUGGUGCCAUGUAUUUCCUCGCUCUGCCCACGCUGGUGCUGCUGGAGGACAAAACCCUCUUCCCGGAUGAGGUCCUGCAGAGUGUUCCCGAUGAGUAUCGCUGCGGGAAGGCGCUGGGACCGGUGGAGUCCAUCCAAGAGCAUCCGCGGGACAGCAGCCGGCUCCUCAUUGGGUACAGCCGGGGGCUGGUGGUCCUCUGGGAGCAGGGCACACGCGUGGUCCAGCACCUCUUCCUUGGGAACCAGCAGUUGGAGAGCCUGGCUUGGGAGCAGAGCGGGGAGAGCAUCGUCAGCUCGCACAGUGAUGGAGGGUACAUGGUGUGGGCCGUGAGUGGUGCCGGACAGAAGACCCAGCAGCCCGUCAUGUCCACCAUCCCCUAUGGUCCAUUCCCUUGCAAAGCCAUCAGCAAGAUCCUCUGGCGGACCUGCGAGUCGGGGAACCCCUUCAUCAUCUUCAGCGGGGGGAUGCCGCGGGCCAGCUAUGGGGACCGGCACUGUGUGAGCGUGCUGCAGGGCCAGACCCUGGCCACGCUCGACUUCACCUCCCGAGUCAUUGACUUCUUCACCGUGCACAGCCCCGACGUGCCCGAGGGAGGCUUUGAGAACCCCCGUGCCCUCGUGGUGCUGGUGGAGGAGGAGCUGGUGGCCAUCGACCUGCAGACCCCGGGCUGGCCGAGCAUCCCUGCCCCGUACCUGGCGCCGCUGCACUCCUCCGCCAUCACCUGCUCCUGCCACGUCUCCAAUGUGCCCCUCAAGCUUUGGGAGAGGAUCAUCAGUGCCGGCGAGCAGCAGAGCCCCCGGCUCUCCUCUGCGGCUUGGCCCAUUGAUGGGGGGAAGAACCUGGCGCAGGAGCCUACGCAAAGGGGGCUUCUCCUCACGGGGCAUGAGGACGGCACGGUGCGGUUCUGGGAUGCUUCCGGGGUCUCCCUGAAGCCCCUCUACAAGCUGGGCACCGCCAGCAUCUUCCAGACCGACUGCGAGCACAACGACAGCCUCAACCAGGCGGCCGAGGAGGAGUGGCCGCCCUUCCGCAAGGUGGGCUGCUUUGAUCCCUACAGUGACGACCCACGCCUGGGGGUGCAGAAGAUCGCUCUGUGCAAGUACACGGCCAAGAUGGUGGUGGCUGGGACAGCGGGGCAGGUGCUGGUGAUGGAGCUGAGCGAUGAGAAGUCAGAGCACGCCGUGAGCGUGGCCACCGUGGACCUGCUGCAGGACCGCGAGGGCUUCACUUGGAAGGGCCACGACCGGCUGGCCCCAAGGAACGGCCCCUUGCCCUUCGCCCCUGGCUUCCAGCCCAGCGUCCUGGUGCAGUGCGUGCCCCCCGCCGCCGUCACCGCCGUCACCCUCCACUCCGAGUGGAACCUGGUGGCCUUCGGCACCAGCCACGGCUUCGGGCUCUUUGACUAUUACCGGUGCAACCCCGUCCUGGCCAGGUGUACGCUGCACCCCAACGACUCCUUGGCCAUGGAGGGGCCCCUGUCCCGCGUGAAGUCCCUCAAGAAGUCCCUGCGGCAGUCGUUCCGCCGCAUCCGCAAGAGCCGGGUGUCGGGCAAGAAGAGGCUCAACGCCGGCAGCCCCUCCAGCAAGGUCCAGGAGGCCAACGCUCAGCUGGCGGAGCAGGCAGGGCCCCCCGAGGUGGAGAUGACGCCGGUGCAGCGCCGCAUCGAGCCGCGCUCCGCCGAUGACUCCCUCUCCGGGGUCGUGCGGUGCCUUUACUUCGCUGACACCUUCCUCCGAGACGCUGCCCACCACGGCCCCACGAUGUGGGCAGGGACCAACUCGGGCUCGGUGUUCGCCUACGCCCUGGAGGUGCCGUCGCAGGAGAAGUUCUCGGAGCGGGCGGUGGAGGCGGUGCUGGGGAAGGAGAUCCAGCUCAUGCACCGCGCGCCCGUGGUGGCCAUCGCCGUGCUGGACGGCAGGGGGAACCCCCUGCCCGAGCCCUAUGAGGUCUCGAGGGACCUGGCCAAGGCUCCUGACAUGCAGGGGAGCCACUCCAUGCUCAUCUCCUCCGAGGAGCAGUUCAAGGUCUUCACCCUGCCCAAAGUGAGCGCCAAGACCAAGUUCAAGCUGACGGCCCACGAAGGGUGCCGGGUGCGGAAGGUGGCCCUGGUGAGCCUGGCGAGCGCCAGCUCCGAGGAGCGCCUGGAGAACUGCCUGGCCUGCCUCACCAACCUGGGGGACAUCCACAUCUUCACCGUGCCCAGCCUGCGCCCGCAGGUCCACUACGGCUGCAUCCGCAAGGAGGACAUCAGCGGCAUCGCCUCCUGCGUCUUCACCAAGCACGGGCAGGGUUUCUACCUGAUUUCCCCAUCCGAGUUCGAGCGCUUCUCGCUGAGCGCCAGGAACGUGACGGAGCCGCUGUGCCGGCUGGAGGUCUCCCGGCUCCAGGACACCUGCCUCAGCAACAGCUCAAUGGCAACGCCGAAGCUGCCGCAAGCCAAUGGUACCCACGUCCCGCGCAGCCCCGAGGGACCGCACUCCCCCACCAACAGCGACCGGUCCCCCGAGGAGCACCCGGCCGCCUUCUCGCCCAGCUCCAUCGACUCCCCCAACAGCAGCAUGGAGAACCCGCUGGACACCACCGGGGACAUCACCGUGGAGGAAGUGAAGGAUUUCCUGGCAUCCUCGGAGGAAGCGGAGAGGAACCUGAGGAACGCCAGCGAGGACGAGGCCCGGCCCACGGGGAUCCUCAUUAAGUGAGGCAGCGCCAGCCUCCCUGACCCAUCUCAGUGCUCGGAUUCCCGGGAUGCGCGACUCGACUGGACCCCCCCGAGCCCCCUCCCCAUGUAACGUAGACUCGUCUCUUCUCUAACACUUUCCUGCUCCCCCCUGCCCGGCCCCCAACGCUCUGCCCGG